AUCAAAGCGGAGCUGAACCUUGGCCAAGCCCCAGCAGUGAGAACCAGGGAAGAGGGGACCAGGCGUCAGGCAGCGCCUGCCCCCCACCUCCUCCUUCAUGGCUUUCAUUCCUCUGUGGCUUUCCCCCCGCAUUGUCUCUGCUUUCCUUUCUUUCUCAUCUAUCUAUUUUCUUCUCCCUUAUAUUCCCUCCCUCGGUUCAGUUCUUCCAUUCCCCAGUUUCGUCCACUCUUUGGCUUCCUUCCUCGCCUUCCCACUAUUUCUUUUUCCCGUUCUUUUCUCUUUCCUUCCCCUCCAUCCUUUCCCCCUUCUUCCGUUUCAUUUGAUCCCCCUUCUCUUUGCUCUCUCCCACCUCCUUUCUCUUUCUUCUUCCCUCCUUCCCUUUCCCCAUCCUCCUUUUUCUCUUUUUUCCUCCCUCCGUGUCCUCUUCUGUCCUUCCCUCCCCUCUUCCUCUUCUUUCUUUUCUUUUCUUCCCCCUCCUUUUCCUCUUUUUCUCGCUCUUAUGUCUUUCCUUUUCCCUCCCUCCUCCUUUUCCCCUUUUCUUUUCUUUUCUUAGCGCAGAGGGAGCCAGGAUAAAUCUGAAGAUGUUGACUUCUCCCCCUCCACCCCCUUCCCUCCUCCUUUAUUGGAUACUAGCGGGUCCUCAAAGGCUCCUAGGCUGUAAUUAGAGGGUGGAUCCUAGAGCAAUGCGAGGAGCUCCCCCACCCCCCAGUCCCUUCUAACUACAGAUCAACUAGUUCCCUCUCCCUGUCUCUGCCUUCUCAAAAUCUACUGCAACCGCCCCAGGCUGGGACACACUCAGAGAUGGCAUCUCCAGCGCUCGAGGUAAUCUCCCCUCUGCAUGCAUUCAGGGGCCUUAGAGAAUCCUGACUUAGCAGCAAUUGGGUUUUCUCAAGCCAGGUGGAAGCUAAGCCCCAAGGAGCUGAUAAAAGAAGAAGCCCGCUAUGGCUCAAGCCCACUGGCUAUGCUGACAGCCACCUGCAAUAAAUUCGGAGGCUCGAGUCCGAUCCGGGAUUCGGCCACUCCGGGGAAAGCAGGGGGAAAUCCGGGAAAGAAAUUGUACCAGUUGGGUGCUGAGAUCUCCGUGCCCAAAGUCCGCGGCUCUGAGGCCAUGGGGGAUUCCUACACCGCUGCCUUCCCCAGUGGGAACGGCCUGAUGUCGCCUUCCACCAGCCCCCAGGCUUCCACCACCUACGGCAAUGACUACAGCCCCUUCUCCCACUCCUUCCCGACCUCCUCUAGCUCUCAGGACCCAUCAUCCCUCCUGGUCUCCAAGGGACACCCUUCGGCCGACUGCCUUCCCAGCGUCUACACCUCCUUAGACAUGACCCAUCCUUACGGCUCCUGGUACAAAACUGGCAUCCACCCCGGGAUCUCGGGCAGCUCCAGCAAUGCCACGGCCUCCUGGUGGGACAUGCACUCCAACACCAACUGGCUGAGCACCCAGCCCCAGUCGGAUGGCCUGCAGGGCUCCCUCCAGUCCAUGCCCACCCAGUCUUCCCUCAGCCCCCAGCUGCCUAGCUACAGCUCCGACUUCACCCCCUUGAAUCCUGCCCCAUACCCGGCAGUGGGCAUCACCUCCUCCUCCCACCUACUCCCCUCCAGCCAGCACAUGCUGUCCCAGGAGAUGUACAAGCCCAAGCCGGUGGCCAACAACUCCCUGAUGGAGAGCGGGAUUGGACUGAAGGCGCCGCGCGGUGGUUCUUUCGGGGGCACCACCGGCCGCUCGACAUGCGACUGCCCCAAUUGCCAGGAGCUGGAGCGCCUGGGUGCCUCGGCCGCCAGCCUCCGGAAGAAGCCCAUCCACAGCUGCCACAUCCCGGGCUGCGGGAAGGUGUACGGCAAGGCCUCGCACCUGAAAGCCCACCUGCGCUGGCACACGGGCGAACGCCCCUUCGUGUGCAACUGGCUCUUCUGCGGCAAGCGCUUCACGCGCUCGGACGAGCUGGAGCGCCACGUCCGCACCCACACCCGCGAGAAGAAGUUCACCUGCCUGCUCUGCAACAAGCGGUUCACGCGCAGCGACCACCUCAGCAAGCACCAGAAGACCCACACCGAGAUGGGGGCUGCCAAGCCCCCCGAGGGGGAGGCUGAGCGGGAGGAGGCGGCCACUGGGGGCUCGCCCGGUGCCACCAUGCAGGAGGGCUUAGCCAGCGAUGACAAGGACACCACCAGCCCCGAGCAGAGCAGCUUGCUGGAGAUCUAAGCCGGAGGGUCUCCUCCGGCUCAUCCUUCUCCUCCUUUUCCUCCCUUUUUUAAUCUUCCCCCCUCCCUCUCUGAGAUAAUUUAUUUCCUGGGGCACUGGCAGCUCCUGUGCUGCUGCAGGGGUGGGCGUAGUGAUGGGAUCGUCCCCUAGCCCUUGCCCCUCGUCCCCAGCUUGGGGUCCGAUGAGGCUCAGGAAGGUUCAGACAACCUUGGUGCCUGCAAUUUGAACGUGCUGCCAUGAAGAGGCACCCUCAGCCCCUCGCCCUUCAGGACAGGGUCUCUGGGAGAGACAUUGGAGGUAUCUACACCAGCCAGUGCCAAGGGCAGGGCAGGGGGAUGCUGUCUCCCCCAACUGGUGCCACCCAUUGUGGGCUCUGUCCUGCAAAGCACACUGGAAAGCCAAAAGGGGACUCAGCCCUGUGGUUGGGGCGCAGUGAGUGCUUUGCUGGAUCCUGUCUCUCAGCCACAGGCAGGAUUGGGCCCUCAGUUCCCCAGAGCCUUUGCAGCCAAGCCAGAUUCGGGGGUCCAGGGGUGAGGACCUGAAAGCAGCCGUUCUCCUCCAUCCGCUGUGCCCAGAAGGGCCCGCGAGUCACGCCGCAAAGACCCCAGGGGAAAUUCCCACCUUCCUGCCUUAUCCCCAGCAUAUUUAAUCAAGAAGCGUAGGAAUUAUAUUUAUGUCUUAAGUUAUGAUGAUGCUUUAAGGGAGGGGGGAGGAGCAUUUCCAGGAAGCCUUUGUAUUUAUAACAUAGGAUUUUUUGGGGGGGAGGCCCCAGGUUUAACGAGGGUCUCUAUUAAUUGGCAAUAUCAGUUGGGGCCUCUAUAGUAAAGCUGACGUGCUUUUAGCCCUGCUUCUUUAUGGUGGCGGAAGGCCACAAUCCCAGUUGGUGUCAUUCCCCUUCCUCUUCCCCCCCAAUCAAACCUUUUGGGGUUUUUUCUCCCUCUUUUUUCCCCGUCAGGAAUAUUAAAAAGAGCUCAGGGACAGGUUCCUGAUUGGUUAGCAUUCAAAUUGGAGCCAGAUUUACUCAACACCCGUGUAGGGGCAUCAGUACAAGUGGAAGCUCCCAAAGAGCUUUGCGGUCGCACUGUCCCAUCUCCCGAGGCGCCUGUUCGGGAGCUGAGCGCAUCGAAACAUUGCAGUCAUCCUAUCGGCUCCUCCUUGCUUUUCCAUCCUUUAUGGCUGGGGGCUCUCUGGGUGUUUACUGUGAGCGGAGGCACGUCAGGAGAGGCACAUCUUUAACAAUAACUUCCUUUCUCCAGGGUGUUAUUAGCCCUCAAAGUUAAAUAGCUGUUCACAAGAAGAUUGGCUAAGGGGAGGAGGAAAGUCUCUUCCCUCUCUCUGUUGCUCAUUUUUUUCUCUCUGGUGAUGUCGGUGUCUCACUCAUUCUCCAGACACUGAGUCUUUCAGCGCAGAGAGGAGCUGAAUUAGAUUUCCAGCCCUUUAGGCACCUAUUUGGCUUUUAUUUUAUGUUUGUUUUAUAUCUGUGCAACAUCUAGUACAAUGGGGCAUCGGUCCAACCGGGAACUCAGAGGUACUACCACAAUACAAAUAAUUAUCAUAAUGACUUUAGUGUAAAAAAAUAACCAGAAUAUUCCCCCCCCAUAUUUCAUUUUUUUUCAUCCCUUCCCCACCUCAUCCAUCAUAAAGGGGCACGAGCCAGGGUUUUUUUCCUUGUGAGUCACCUUUCCCAGAGGGUCUCUGUUAAUGCUGUGGAAGUCUGUAUAGGUUAAUGGAGGAGAAGUUUUUUACUAAUGAGCAUCUGGUUGUUAUAAGGGAUGUCUACGGGGAUGCAUCAAUGGAGGACGUUCAGCUGGCGCUGCUUCGGUGCUGGAGUGCUCUCGGUGCAGAGAGAGGGCUGUGUGUGUGUGUGCAUGUCACUUGUCCUGUCUCACACACACGUGCCCCCGUGUGAUCUCCCCUCCCCCCGCACACGUUCACAUGCUUGUGCAUGUCUGCGCACACUUGCUGGCCUCCCGGCAGCCCCUGUGAUCUGGAACACACUGAAACAAGCUCAAGACCCUACACAGUCAUUUCCCCAGGCCCGAUUCUGACUGACGACAAGCAUCUGUGUGAUGCUGACCCAGCCCCCAGGGCCCUUCCCACUGCACCUUCUCUGCAUCAGAUGUGGUGCCCCACUCUUCGCAGGCAGAUCUGUCCCAGGGAGCUACUCUCAAUGCCUGAGAUCAAACAGUCCCCUCUCUUCCCUUCCCUUCCUGACUGCCCUCUCCACACACCCCCAGACAAACUGCAAGCAUCUUCCCUUCACUGCAGCCUUGGACUCCCCUGGAAAAAAAAGAAGAGGGGUUCCAGAGAAAUGGCCCAACAUAUUUGGUUUGGAUAGGGAUGAUCCUGCUUCAGGCAGGGGGUUGGACUGGACGUCCCUUCCAGCCCUAGGUCUAUGUGAUUCUGCAUACCCCAGGGAAGGGGCUUCUUGGCUUUUCUGUUCCCUGCAAUACAGCCUGACCCUGCUGUCCUCCCAGAAACACAGCAACAACUUCCAAAGAGCUCAGGGCUAGAUCCUUCUGCCAUUUCCAGCUUUCAUUCAUUUAGUGCAAUAUUGGAUUUUUUUUUGUAAUUGAGCUUCUAUUCCAAUAAUUACAAUUCCUGGUGCAAAACCUAGCCCCUAACAAUCCCCGGCUGUCUUAAUGGUGAGCUGGAACCCUGUAAGAGAGGCAGAUUUGAACAAAGGCUUCCUUUCUCCAGCGUGUUAGUCCUUGAAGUGACAUGGGUGCUACUGUAAACUCCUUGCGGGUGUGAAAAAUGAUCUCAUGAUCUUUUGUAGGACAGUCUCCUGAUUUUGGAGGGUUUGGAGGCGGCGGGAUUGAGCUCAGCCGUGUUAAUCCUUGUGCUUGAGCGGCUAAAUUCUCCAACCGCUCUGCUGCCGUGAGUUAGGAUCUUUUGAAGGGCCAGCUCCGCAGGGUGCUAGCUUUGACAGCUCUUCUCAUGUGACCCCAGACAAUAGCAGGAUGUGGCUUCUGGGCCUUUCUCAGUUUCCCCACCCUUCCUUUUUUGGUGCCUUGGCCUGCCAGGAAAUCCAAAGGCAGCACUGCGUUUGCGGCAUCUAUUCCCUCUCACCGGAGAGGGUCCAUGUGGAGCCAGCAUCUUCACUGGUGUCCUCAAGCACCCCAGCUUCAUCCCUUCCACUUUUAACAAGCUCCCACCUCAAAUUCCCCAGUGACAGAGAAUGUAGUGGCAGCAUUCAGCUGGGGUCUACAUGGAGCAACUGGUGUGAGUGCCUUAUCACAGCUGGUCCCAGCAAGGGGCUACCACUUCUUCAGCAGCCCAUGCUUUUAGUCCAGGAGGUUGUGGCUUCAAUUCCCCAGGAGGGGCAGCCAGGCUGGUGGCUGUUACCCCGGUGGACACCACCUCUCUGGACAUCAGUAUGCUCAGGACAGUGUCUGAAUAUGAACCCCCUCCCCACACCCCGCUUGUUUUGGAACUCUUUAAUUAUUUGGAUUUGGGUUUAAUUUAAUUAAUAAACGAUGAGCUGUGUUGAA